CCCACCAACCUGUUGGCUAAUUUACCCCGGCUUUGGUUUUUUAACUUGUUUUCUUUCUCUUUUAGGAAAAAUGGGUGAUGGGUAACUUCUCUCUGCUCCGAGUCUUGUUCCUCUCGUAAUUGGCCAUUGGGUUUCUUGGAGGAACAACUUCAGUGGUGCGGUUUUCAUAUUUCACCAUUGAAGAAGACGAAGAAGAAAGAUGUAUCCCAGGCUGAUUCACUCGCACGAAGGGAUGGUUGGUCAGGAAGACAUGCAGGGUGGGUCCAACCACGGUCACAACAACAACGGAGACCCAUGUCUGGUGUUGACCGCCGAUCCCAAACCACGUCUGCGUUGGACCCAGGACCUCCAUGAACGAUUCGUCGAUGCUGUUACUCAGCUUGGGGGUGCUAGCAAAGCUACACCAAAAGCAAUCAUGCGGACCAUGAAUGUAAAGGGUUUGACUUUAUUUCAUUUGAAGAGUCACCUUCAGAAGUACAGACUCGGCAAGCAAUCAGGCAAAGAUAUGAUUGAGGGAUGCAAAGAUGAAAUAGCAGGUUCAUAUCUUUUAGAAAGCCCUGGUACUGAUAACUCUUCCCCAAAGUUGCCAGCUUCUGAUACGAAUGAGAGUCAUGAAAUCAAGGAGGCUUUAAGACGACAGAUGGAGGUACAAAGUGAACUACAUUUGCAAGUGGAGGCGGAGAAGCAUUUGCAGAUUCGACAGGAUGCAGAGCAAAGAUACAUGGCCAUGCUCGAAAGAGCUUGCAAGAUGCUGGCUGAUCAGUUUAUUGGUGCUACAGUUAUAGACACCGACAACCAAAAAUUUCAAGGGCAUGGAAGUAAAGCACCAAGAGGUCCCUUUGUUGACACUCUUGGCUUUUACUCCUUACCAUCUACUGGGACGACUGGAGCAGUUCAUGCUUCCGGAGAGGAAUUACCUAAUCUCCAUUCCCAAAGGGCUGACUGUUCGACAGAAAGUUGCCUAACAUCACACGAAAGUCCUGGAGGUUUGACAUUGGAAGGAUCUCCCAUUAGUGGGGCAAACAAGAGGAUGCUGAGCUUGGAAUCCAUGGCAGCAACCCCCUUAAUCUGGAGUGAAGCCACCAUGAGAAGUCAAGGCAUCAAUGUGGCUCAAGGUAACCUGCACGGAAUAACUAGGUAUGGUAUGUAGGUGGGGAAGAUCUGCACAUAACCAUUGGGCUUCAUUUUCUUUUUAGAGGAUUAGUGCUUGGAUUCUAAGCUGUUCCUAUCUAAUAAGUUGGUGGGAACGGUGAAGUCUAACUUGUCUCAUUCUGUACAUCCGUAACACUCUCUGGCCUAUUAGACAUUAAAAAGAGUGGCAUUGCUUGUCUUAGGUCAUUUUAAUGGAUUCCUUAUUGCAUUUAGUGUUAUGCCGUGUGGUGAGCC